AAACCAUUUGCUCUUGCAAUGCAGAUCAUCACCUUCGCUACUGUGCAUUUCCUGCUGCCUACGAUAACCGCUGCUGCUACGUCAGCUUCGUCGAGGUGCGUGGUCGACUGCCAAGGAAACGAGCCAGCCAACAUCCAGGUUUUCCGUACCAGCGAUGCGACAUACCCGGACAUCCAACAGAAGAAGUGGCGGCCGGUGGUCCUCAGUCGGGGGUGGCAAUCCCCAUCGUCAGCAACAGCAACGCAUUCACCAGAUAUAAACUGGGGGCGGCCGUCGACACAGCUUUGUGGGCUCGGCGACUGCGCAUCUGCACAGCUCGCUAAACCAUUUGCUCUUGCAAUGCAGAUCAUCACCUUCGCUACUGUGCAUUUCCUGCUGCCUACGAUAACCGCUGCUGCUACGUCAGCUUCGUCGAGGUGCGUGGUCGACUGCCAAGGAAACGAGCCAGCCAACAUCCAGGUUUUCCGUACCAGCGAUGCGACAUACCCGGACAUCCAACAGAAGAAGUGGCGGCCGGUGGUCCUCAGUCGGGGGUGGCAAUCCCCAUCGUCAGCAACAGCAACGCAUUCACCAGAUAUAAACUGGGGGCGGCCGUCGACACAGCUUUGUGGGCUCGGCGACUGCGCAUCUGCACAGCUCGCUAAACCAUUUGCUCUUGCAAUGCAGGUUAGUCAACCAUACGCUCUCUUUGCUAAAAAAUCUAGCAAUUAUUUCCUGAUGCAGUUGCCGAGCCCGCACUGCUGUGCCGCCAUUGCUGUCGAAUGUGCUCAUAUUAUUCAUGCCUUGCUGAUUUUGGCCGGUGAUGUGGAAAUAAACCCGGGUCCUAACAUUCCUGAAAACCUACUAACCGAAUUGCGAAAACUAACCGCCGGUCAGAACCAGCUGAUCACUGAAAUUCAUGGUCUUAAGUCGCAACUUACUUUUACCGAUAAAGCAAUUACUGAUCUAAGCAAACGAAUGAAUGAUCUUGAGAGUCACUACCAGACACUUUUGCCCAUUCGAAACGAAGUGGAUGCAAUGCGCACCACGACUGAACAGGCUAUUUUUCGCAUUUCCGAGCUCGAAGCACGUAUCGACGAUGCCGAAAAUCGCUCACGGCGGGACAACCUAAUUUUUUACGGCAUUCCUGACCCUUCCAGCUCGGAAACCACUGCAGACUCCGAAAGAUUGAUUGUGGAACUUUGCCGCGAUAGGUUGCAACUAACCAUCGACCCUAAAGAAAUAGAACGUGCACAUCGCAUCGGUCGUCACUCCCCCAAUCACUCUCGCCCCCUCAUAGCAAAAUUUACUUUCCAUAAAACCAAAGUUAACAUCCUUUCGAGUGGCCGAAAGCUUAAGGGCACUGACUACAGUAUUAGCGAGGACUUUUCGCGAUCAGUACGAAAUUCCCGAAAACAUCUCGUUGCUUUCGCAAAAGGUAAAGGCGUUCCGUUUUCACUCCGCUUUAAGACUUUGUUCAUCGGUUCAAGAAGAUACACCUUUGAUGCCGCCUCGAGUAGUGUCAAAGAGUUGUCAUAGCAGCUACAUCACCCCAAACAGAAAAAUAACAUAACACCAACUUGCUCCAGAGAUAGCGCUUCGCUUUCUGUAAUAUACACGAACGUGCGCAGUUUCCUGCCAAAGCGUGAAUUGGUGUCGAACAUAGUUUCAUCUACCGGUAGCAACGUACUAUUACUAACUGAGACAUGGCUGAGCAGCGCCGUUACUGAUAGCGAAGUUCUAGCCGACCUGCCCGGUUUUUGCCUCUAUCGGAACGACCGCGCAGGAACCCGUGGUGGUGGUGUGCUAGUCGCUGUUCGUGAGCAGUUGCCAUGCUCGCUAAUUAACGUCACAUCAGAUCUUGAGAUGCUAUGGGUCAUAAUGCAUACCUAUCCAAAAAAAGUGCUACUUGGUAUCUGUUACAGACCGCCCAGUGCUACUCCUGAUUUCUGCCAUCAACUUAACAACGUCAUAAGCGAACUGGUAACCACCCACCGAAACGCGCAAAUCCUGCUCUUCGGUGACUUUAACUUCCCACAAAUAGACUGGCGUACCAUACAAUCAUUCUCGGUAUCCGGACACACAGAGGCCAAAAAUUUUGUUGAUUUCUGCCUUAACUUUAACCUUUCCCAGCUAGUAACUGAACCAACCCGGAUUUCGCAGCAAACUGCUAACGUCCUCGA